AUGAACGAGCCCAUGUUCCAGGUGCAAGUGGACGAGUCCGAGGACACGGAGUGGAACGAUAUCCUGCGGGAGAAAGGUGUAAUCCCGCAGCGUCCAGAACACUCCGCCGAGGACCAACUCGAGGAGGCCAUCGACGAGGCCAUCGCGAAGCAGAAACAACAGCAACAGCAGCAGAGGGAACUCGAUGCCGACUCCGACGACGAGUUCUUUGAACAGUACAGGAGGGAACGGUUUGCACAGAUGCAGAGGGACCGUGCCAAGUGCGUCUUUGGGGAGGUGUACCAUUGCAACAAGCCAGAGUACAGCGAGCAAGUCACACAGGCGAGUAUGGGCACCGCAGAGGGGGGCCCAGUGUACGUGUUCGUGCACCUUGCGUUGCAGGGGAACCUGCAGAGUAGGAUCCUGGAACGUUUGUUCGUCACUGCAGCGGGGCGGUUCAAGGACUGUAAGUUCGUAGAGAUAGAGGCGAGCAAAGCAGUGGAGGGGUACCCAGACCGCAACUGCCCAACACUCAUCGUGUACCACGAGGGGAAAGUGCUCCGUAACAUCGUGACAUUGCUCGAAUUGGGCGGUGACGACGCAUCCGAUGCAGACCUCGAGAGACUCAUGGUCCAAGUCGGCGCUAUUGCGGGAUCAGACGAUAGACGCGCCCACACGGAUCAAGAUACCGGUGCCACGCCACACAGAAGACUCAAUUUUGUAGGGAAACACUCUAGAGAGUUGGCCCCCAGCGACGAGGACGACGAGGACGACGAGGAUGACUUCUUCAAUUGA